AUGUCUGCAUUAACUGAGAGUUUAUUGGACCUCCACAAGCGAUGGUACGAGCGGCCGCUGCCGUUGCGCUCCUGCAGCCUAAAGGAGGUUGCAAACAGUGCGGUUUCAAAGGAUGAUAUGGACGCGAUGUUUCGCGAAGCGCAGGAAGCCCUUGACGCCGAGACGACGCAGAGCCAAAAGGACAAGGGACGCUGGUACAACUCACAGUUCAUCUCCCGUGGAACAACGGCGGAUAAGAUUGCCUCUGCUGCAGUGAAGCUGAGCGACGUGGAUUUUAUGUUCUUUUUGGAUGGGUUUAAUCUUCUUUUUGACACAGCACGCACCGACACACACCACUACGAGGCGGCUCUCAAAGGCCUUGCUGUUGUUUGGCCCAAACUACUGCCCCGUCGCCCAUUGAAGCGCUUUGUGUCGCAGUUUUUUGCGACGCUUCCAACGGAUGCGAGGGACCGGAAGACAGUUCUGGUGUAUUGGUACAUUGAAGACUACUUAAAGCGCACCUACGCUCAGUUUCUUUCACUUGCGGAGGCCAUGCUGAAGGACCGACUGCAGAAGCGACGAGAAGCGUGGCUAGAGGUUGUGGGGAAACUUAUGUGUAGUAUUGCAGAGAGCCGUCAUGUGGCUAUGGCAAUUAUUGUUGAUAAGCUUGGCGAUCCUGCUUCCUCUGUGGCACAUAAAGCGUACCAUCACUUGCUUGCCCUCCUAACGGAAUCUUCUACGCACCAAGCGAUGUUGUUUGUGGAGUUGGAAAAAAUUGUCUUUAUGAAGAAUUGCCCUGUAAACACGAUGAAGUACGCUGCUAACGUUAUGAAUCAGUUUGUGUACAACAAGGAGGAGCGAAAACUUGCAUUGAAAAGUGUUCAAACGUACCUUUCUCUCUUUCGCCAACUUGUGAUGAAUGCCUCGGUGGAUCUUUCCGUGACAACCGCUAUCCUCGUAGGUUUGCGUCGUGCAUUUCCAUACGCUGGUACAGACAUUGCACCACUUGAAGAGCAUUUAAAUGCACUUUUUGUUCUUGCCAACACGGGUAGUUUCAUGCAGCGCGUAGCGACUCUUUCUCUUUUGCAGCUUAUAGCUCAGGGAAAGGGUGCAACGGAGGAGUUUCGGAAUCGCUGGUAUCGGGCCUUGUACAAUCUCCUGUUGAUAUCACCGAAACAGCUUUCCCAUUCCACACAAAUGGCGGGUUUUUUUUCCAUGUUGCACAAGGCGCUGCGUAUGGACAAAAAUGAAGAACGAUUGGCGGCCUUUGCACACCGGCUGAUACAACGAUCGCUGUAUUUUAAGGAGUCUGUGGUGUGUGCCAUCCUGCUUAUGGUUGGCGAACUGUUCCAGGCGCAUCCGCGUCUGCGUGCGUUGGUUUUGGGAACGCGAAAGAAGCGGUCUACGGAUGAGGCGGAGCGUUAUGAUGUGAGGCACCGGGAGCCGCAAUUUUCACAAGCCACAAAAGAAUCCUUGUGGACCCUUGGGACUCUUGUACGACAUUCCCAUCCAUCGGUUGUGAAACUGGCGGUGAUGUUGAUGUUUCAGGAGGACGUUGUCUUUGAUAGCCACCCGCUGGACGAGCUUACGUUGCCAAAUUUUCUCACGAUGUUUGUUGAUGCCAAGGCGCAACCGAAGAAGGAGGAGAUGAGCACAGGAAUGUCUGUAUUCAGUCGUGCUGUGCACGCCCCAAAUAUUCCUAGUGCCUCGGAUCCGUAUUUUAUUCAAGCGAGUGCACAGCAAGUGGAUGUCUCCGCACUUUUCCUUCACCGCUACGCCGUUCAGCGCCAGCGUUUUGUUGAUGGACUUUCGCAGGUGCGCUCCACAUGGGGUGACGCCAGCGGGGAGGCGGAUGUUGCGCUACGCGUUAAGGAUGUUGAUGCCUCGCUCUUUGGACCCUCUGGCAUGCUGAGGGAACCCAAAACCACAGCGAGUGGCGGAGUCAACGGCGAGAGCACAAAAACAGAGAGAAAAAAACUGUCCAAAAAGGAGAAACGGAACAAAGAGAAGCCUGUGGAGUUUGACGAGGAAGUGCUGAGCAACGACAGUGACAAAAAUGAAGGGCAUCACAAAGACGAUGAUGAAGACGAUGGGUUUGACUUUGUUGGGAGCGACGGGGACUUGGAGUGGGGCAGCAACGACGAAGCGGCGUACGAUGAUCUCGACAAGGACGACGAGGAAGAGGAUUACGAAGACGACGAAUAUGAUGAUGAUGAUAACGUCGAUGACAUUGCAUUGGGUGGUAAGAAAGGUUCAGCUGAAGUGGACGGCGAAGACCUCGCCGAAAUACUCGAGUCGAAUCGCAAAGGCAUGUCGAAGAAACGCCAACGCGCAGAAGCGUGGCUUGACCGCGCUACGUCCACAUCUGCGGCACCUUCAUCGCAGUCAACUCCCUACAGCCGCCGCCGCCGCCACCACACAUGA